AUGGAUCCAGUUGUAUCGAAGGCAUUCGAGGAAAUGCUCAAGAAGAUGGAAGAGCUGGACAAGCGUUCGGCAGAGCGAUGGGAGCGCCUGGAGAAGCGCUUCGAAGACGCCGGAGACGCCUUGCAGGGUCGCGAGCAGGCGGUCGAGAUCCGCGUCGCUGCCUUGGAGGACCUCACCUCCGCCCAGUACACCGCCGCCGUAAUCUCCGACAACUGGGGGGCCCGGUUCGACUUGCGCAUCGACGACCUGGAACAGCGCAUGGCGGAUCUCGAGCUGAUUCGCCUGGCAGAGAUCCGCGACGAACGGGAUGAUCGACUAGAGGCGCUGGAAGGCGUUGUCGGGAACCUUCAGAUCUGGCGGAUGGAGACCGAUGGCUACGUCGACGAUAUCCGCUACGAUCUCUGUCGUCACCUACCCAGGACUCCUACGACGCGGCUGCAGCAUCCUUCGCUGACGUUCACCGGGGCAGCUCGCCGCUGGUUCCAAUCUGUCGAACGCGACCUCAUGAAACAAGAUUGGCCAUCCUUCUGUCGAAUGAUCCGUGAGCGCUUCUGUCGCGACCAACACGAGUUCCUCAUCCGCCAAUUAUUCCACAUCAAACAAACUUCCACCGUUCAAGAUUAUGUGGAUCGUUUUGUUGAUCUGGUGGAGCAGCUUUCAGCUUAUACACCCAACCCCGACCACCUCUACUAUUCCACCCGAUUCAUUGAUGGCCUGCGGGAUGACAUCCGUGCUAUUAUUAUUGUGCAACGUCCACAAGAUUUGGAUACUGCUUGUUCUCUGGCUCUCUUGCAGGAGGAAGCGCUCGAGCCGGGCAGGCGGCGUGAUGUCCGCAGGACUGAUGGGUUUUCAUUAUCCAAGGCCCCGGCUUCCAAGAGCGUAUCCAGUCCGGGUCGACCCGGGGUAUCUAUUGUUGAUGACAAGAGACAGCCUGAUGAUCGCCGCAUUCCUCCGAGGCCACCUAAUGUGGAUGAAAAGCUGCAGACUCUCCGUUCCUACCGCAAGGCCCGGGGGUUAUGUAUCCGCUGCGGGGAGCGCUGGCAACCUGGCCAUAAGUGUGCACAAGUUCUUCAACUCCAUGCCUUGCAGGAAGUUUGGAAUCUCUGCCAAGAUGCUUUUCAGUUCGAUGAUUGUGAUGACUCUGGUGAUACUGGUGAAUGUUCGCAUGAGAUUGUUGAUACUGAUCCUGCUCAACUGUUCCUCUUAUUGUCUGCUGCAGCUGUUUCCUCCCAGCCAACCCCAAGAACCAUCCAGUUGCAAGGAGUAAUUGGUGAUCACGAGGUCUUAAUUUUGGUCGACUCAGGCAGCAGCCAUUCCUUCAUCAACAGCUCACUUGCCGCUCACCUUCCUGGAGUUUCUCAAUUGGCUUCCCCGGUUUCGGUGCAAGUGGCCGAUGGCACCUCCUUGCUCUGCUCGCAGGAACUCAAAGAGGCUGAAUGGUCAGUUCAGGGCUAUACUUUUCAUUCCAAUCUGAAAGUGCUUCCACUUGGUUCAUAUGAUAUGAUUGUUGGCAUUGACUGGCUUGAAGCUUUUUCACCAAUGAAAGUGCACUGGCUACAGAAGUGGAUACUCAUUCCUUAUGGCUCCAUUCAGAUCCUUCUACAAGGCAUCCAACCAGCUGAUGUCUCUUGUUCUAUGGUUCAAUUGUUCCACAUUGCCGACAGUUCGGGCAACCUUGCUGUUCACGAACCGCUUCACCCAGCUGUGGUGUCCCUAUUGUCUGAAUUUCAGUCGUCUGAGAUCGAGCGCCAGGUCACUGAAAUGCUUCAGUCUGGUCUCAUUCAACCAAGUUCCAGUGCAUUCUCCUCUCCUGUACUGCUAGUCCGGAAGAAAGAUGGGGGCUUCCUGGUUCUCAGUCUUGGACUUGAGAGCUGGCUUCAAUCCAAUCCGCCUGGCACCUGGGGAAGAACACAAGACCGCCUUCCAGACACAUUGGGCCAAUUUGAGUACACGGUCAUGUCUUUUGGCCUCACCGGCGCGCCCAAUACUUUCCAGGGAGCGAUGAACACGACUCUACACCCACUGCUCCGUAAGUGCGUCAUUGUCUUCUUUGACGACAUCUUGGUCUACAGCUCUUCUCUCGAGGAUCACAUUGUCCACCUCCGUCAGGUGUUGACUUUACUCGCUCGUGAUCAAUGGCAAGUCAAGCUGUCUAAAUGCAAGUUCGCCCAGCAAAGCAUUUCUUACUUGGGUCACGUUGUGAGUGCUGCUGGGGUCGCUACCGACCCAUCUAAGGUGCAGUCUAUCAGUGAUUGGCCAGUCCCCAAGGAUCUUAAACAGCUGCGCAGUUUUCUAGGUCUCGCAGGCUAUUACAGAAAAUUCGUUCGUCACUUUGCAAUUCUUACAAGACCUCUCACUGAUUUGCUCAAGAAAGGGGUUUAUUUUGUCUGGACAGCAAACCACGAUACAGCGUUCUCUGCUCUGAAACAAGCUUUGAUGACGGCACCGGUUCUUGCGUUGCCAGAUUUCUCCAAGCCUUUCAGCAUUCAAACAGACGCCAGUGAACUGGGCGUGGGCGCCGUCCUCCUCCAGGAAGGUCACCCUCUCGCAUUUGUGAGCAAAGCCUUGGGGCCCCGGACCCGUGGCCUAUCCACCUACAAAAAAGAGUACUUAGCUGUCUUGGUUGCUGUAGAACAAUGGCGUGCCUACUUGCAGCAUGGGGAGUUCCUGAUUUAUACUGAUCAACGUAGUCUGUCACAUCUUACCGAUCAGCGCCUGCAUACCCCAUGGCAACUCAAGCUCUACACCAAGUUAGUUGGGCUGCAAUAUAAGAUUGUGUACAAACCAGGUGCUUCCAAUCAGGCAGCAGAUGCGCUCUCUCGCCAUCCAGCGCCACCACUUCAGCUCCAAGCUCUUUCUUCCUCAACACCAACCUGGCUUUCUGACGUGGUCAGUGGAUAUCAUAGUGAUCUAGGUUCCCUCAAGUUAAUUCAGCAGCUGACCUUGUCACCGGAUUCCCACCCACCUUAUACUCUGACUGAUGGAGUCCUGCGACAUCGAGACCGUAUUUGGCUGGGGAGCAACAGCAAUCUGCAGCACCGUAUUAUGGUUGCCAUGCAUAGCAGUGCCGUAGGGGGUCACUCAGGCUUCCCAGUAACAUUCAGUCAUAUCAAGAAACUCUUUGCCUGGCGGGGAAUGAAAUCUGAUGUCAAGAAUUUUGUGGCCAGUUGUUCUGUUUGCGCUCAGGCCAAGCCAUACCGUGCACGGUACCCCGGAUUGCUCUCUCCACUCCCUGUGCCAACUGAGUCAUGGCAAGUCAUCUCUAUGGAUUUCAUUGAGGGUCUACCUCGCUCUGGUGCAGCUAAUUGCUUGAUGGUGGUCGUGGACAAGUUCAGUAAGUUUGCUCAUUUCAUUCCACUCUCCCACCCUUUUACUGCUCAGCACGUUGCUCAAGUUUUCCUGGACAACAUCUACCGUCUGCAUGGGUUGCCGACUCACAUCAUCAGUGACCGUGAUCGCAUCUUCACGAGUCUCUUUUGGCGUGACCUCUUUCGCCUGGCCAACACAACUCUGUCUAUGAGCUCGGCCUAUCAUCCUCAGACUGACGGGCAGACAGAGCGUGUUAACCAAUGCCUGGAGACCUACCUCCGCUGCUUCGUCCACUCCUGUCCGCAACAGUGGGUCAAAUGGGUUCCUCUGGCGGAGUUUUGGUACAACACCAGUCUUCACUCUUCAAUCAACCGCUCACCGUUCGAGGUCCUCUAUGGUCACCCUCCCCGGCAUUUCGGACUUACCGCGUCAACGGUUUCCUCGCAACCGGAAGUCGAAGCCCUGGUUUCUGAACGUGCUACAAUGUUGGCUUCUGUUCGCCAUCAUCUUCACCGCGCUCAACAACGUAUGAAAGUCCAGGCUGACAAGCGCCGCUCUGAGCGUUCCUUUGCUGUCGGCGACUUUGUCUACUUGAAGCUUCAGCCAUAUGUUCAAUCGUCGCUGGCUCCUCGAGCACAUCAGAAGCUAUCUUUUCGCUACUUCGGGCCUUAUGAAAUCAUCGACAAGAUCGGUUCGGUGGCUUACAAGCUACAGCUCCCAGCUUCUUCUACUAUGUGGAUGACCAUCUACAGGUACCCGAAGCUGUUCUGCAACGCCUUCUUCAUCAGCGCCAAGACGGUACUGUACCUCAACUGCUCAUCAAGUGGUCCGGAAUGGAUGCUUCCUUGGCUACUUGGGAGGAUGCCGAAGCAGUUCAGCAGCAGUUCCCUCAAGCUCCGGCUUGGGGACAAGCCGGUGCCCAAGGGGAGGGGGAUGUCACCACUCCUCACCUGGGCCAUCCCAACACGGCCCAUCCUGCAAGGUCGAAACUCGUCCGAGCCUCGUCGGCCGGCGAACCUGUCGGUUCUCUACGAGUUCGAGUAG